UAGUUCAGUAGUCGUCCAUGUUUUGUGAGCACUGUGCGCUCGUCUGUCGUGGAAAGCGCACGCAAGUACUGCGGUAUUAUGCAACUUGAAUAACUCGAGUCUAACGUGAACACGCGACCGGCGCGGCAUCGCCACAAAACCACAAACAGAAGUCAUAAAUCUCAUUACUACAUUUGUUAAUCAUCAGACUUAAAGUUUAUUUCAAUGCUGAUGAACUAUGCGUUUGUGACACGGUUGAUUUAUAUACGUUUAUGUAUUUAGUUAUUGUGCUCGAAAUUGGAUGUUCUUAACUUUAAAUUCUUAGUAUAAAAAUGUAUGGAGUCAAAAUAUUUGGUAUUGCAAUUGUGAUUGAGUUGACUUUGUUGACGUUAACUGGUGGUUCUGAAGAUGGAGGUCGGGUGAAGCGUGUACGCGCCGAUAGCGCUACUGUCGCCCGGGAGCCGGCGCAGGCGUUGGACGCGCCUGAGCCUGAGCCCUCCGCCGCGCCCGCACCCUCUUCCUUCCUGAGUCCCUCUGUCAAAGAAUACCUUGAACUUGGAAUGGCCAUACCUGGGAAACCAGGCACAGAUUAUCCAGUUCUUGGCGCCGUUCCCUACACUAAUUUCUAUUGUGACGAGCAACCUUACCCGGGAUUUUUCGCUGACAUGGAGACCCGAUGUCAAGCAUGGCAUUACUGUGACAUCGAUGGUCGGCAGGCAUCAUUCCUCUGUCCCAACGGCACGGUGUUCUCCCAGGGAGUGGCGUCGUGUGACUGGUGGUUCAACGUUCGAUGCGCGCUGUCUCCUGCCCUGUACCCGCUCAAUGCCCGACUCUACCGCAGAAAAAGGAAACAAACCAGACCCAAACCCCACAGACUGAUAGACAAGAAACUUGUUGAUGAAAUAUUUCUGUAAAAAGUUACUUAUGAUUAGCGGUCUAGUGUUAGCUUUUUGUGUCACCUAGUUGAUUACUGCAAUAAAUAAAAUUGAUAGUUAACUAUACCACUGAACUUUUUUAAUAUAAGAUUGUUUUAGAUGCAAGAAUUUAGUUUUAAAUAGGUCGAUAGUGUAAAACUUAUCUAUUGGUACUGUAGAACUGACUUUUAUAUAUGUCAUGAUUCAUGUAUCUUAUAAACGACUUCGCAAUGAUUAUGCCCAAAAUGUAUAUGAAAUUUUGUUCUUAAAUAAGUAAUGAAUGCAAUAGU